AUGAGUGUUCCAACUGUUAUUUGUAGGUUCACUGCAAAGGCCAGUAAGAUAUCUGGUCGAAAGAAAAGGGCUAAAUGUAGUGAAUCAUCCUCCCAAAAACAAGAAAUUCUUCAACUCAAAAAAGAAAUUGAAGAAUUGAAGAAAAAAUUGUAUGUUGCACAAGAACAAGAUGAUGGUAAUGACAACUCCUCAGAAGAAAAUGAUGAUCACUUAGAUGAUCAUCAGGAGUUUGGAGGGUACGAAGAUGAUAAUCAGACACCUCCUGUCAUGUACAACUUCUCAUCCACUAAUAACAACGAAGUACUUUUGUGUUCAGACAACAUCCAUAAUAUAGUGGCCAAAGGUGUGCUUCUGGAAUCUGUUAGUCCAGUAACAAUUCAUACCGUGCAGUAUAAAGAAGGGAUUGCACGAGUUUUAAUUACCGAACAACUUCAAGAGGAGGCUGAAAUUGCUCAUCCUAUCGAAAAUAUCCGAUAUGUCUAUGAGACAAAGGACACAUUUUUUCCUUGGCCAAAACAUUUAAUUUUAAAUUUGGAUAAGGUUCCCAUAUUCCCGGAUGUCGCAUCCACCCAUAAAUCAUCGUCAAAGGGGAAGCAGAUAGCAACCCCUCACAGAUCACCGAAUAAAGGGAAACAGAUAUCAACUCUUCCUGCUAUGUCUUCGGCUGGAUCACAAUCAAAUGUCAGGAUAGAGCAAAUGGACAAGAAUGCAACAUUCAAGCCGGAGGUCUGGGCUCAAAUACCUGUAUGUCUCCACUUUUUAGUUGAAGAAUUUAUAAGGAGGAAAGGGAAGUGGAGCGUUGUUGAAGUUCCAACUGAUCCAGACUUCAUGCCACCUCGCACACAUAUUAUCUUGUCAUCAGAGGAUGUAGAGCAGGUUGGAACCUUAAAUUUUAUUGGAUGUCAAGGCAUGAUCUUUGGAAUUAGAUGCAUUUGGGAGGAUUUAACGAAUAUGCGGGAGUAUUUCAAGUUCUUUGACCCAGAGCUACUCAAUGCCACGGACAAAGAUGGAAUUGUCCACCAAGAAGUUGUUAUCAAAUUGGCUGAAUGGUUGAAUACAAUGAAUAACAAAUCUCAGAUGUUCUUCAUACCGUGGAACUACGAACGUCAUUGGAUGCUUGAGAUCGUUUGUGCUGGGAAGAUCAUUCACUUGGACCCUUGGCUUAGACAUAAACGCCCUAAGAUGACUAUUGACCUCACACUCCAAAGGGCAUAUGAACUACUCGGAGGUUCCAACGAGUUACUUGGAAUAUUUCCAGGAGUAACCGUUGCAGCGUGUCCAAAACAAACAUUAGGAAUUGAAUGUGGUUUUUAUGUACUUAGGUACAUUAAUGACAUUGUGAAAGCUCUAAAUUCAUUCGUUAUUAUAAGAGAAAAGUUUGGAAAGAUGGACACAUACGAUGUGGAGACGAUGCUGCUACCACUGCAACAUCAAUGGUUAUCGAAAUUGACACGAUACUUGUACUAGUUAACUUUAGACUUUUUAUUUUAGGCAAUACUUAAUUUGUGUAUUUUUUUUAUUAGUAAGGACUUAACAUAUUUUGUAAUGUAUACUUUAACUUUGUUAUAAUAUAAUUACAAUGUCUUUUGUA